AUGUCCGGACUGGAAGGCCUAGGUAUCGUUGCAAACGUCAUUGCCGUAGUCGACCUGUCUCUCAAGGUUAUCUCGUGGUGUUCCAGGUAUGCCCAAGACGUCAAGGAUUCCAGCGACGGUCGUGCCCGUCUCCUACAGGCAGCUAUCACCUUGCAUUAUGAGUCCGAAAAGAUCCGCCAUCUUCUCACUGGCAAGAAUGGCAGCAAACUGAAAGCUUCCCAGAAGCUUGCACAUGCUAUGGGAAGCAGCGAGGUUCAGUUACGUGAGCUCGAAAGUCUAUUAUCUGACAAGACCAACUGUUCAAGCCUCAGAUGGCCGCUGCGGAAGGAAAAGGUUGAAAGCGCCAUUCAAAACAUUGAGAAUGCAACAAAAACACUAUUAGAGGUCCUUCAGAUUGACACGGUAGGUAUUAUCCUUGAUAUAGAUGACAGGACAGAAGCUGGCCAGCGAAGAGCUGUAAUCGACCAGUUGCCCUACGUUGGCGACGCAGUUUGGGACUCACAUGCAGAGGAACAUAACGCGACAUGUCUGGAGAACACCCGCAAGGAUAUUCUACGGGAGAUCAAAGAAUGGGCCGAAGACAAAACUGACCAGUCGAGGACGGUAUUCUGGCUGAACGGCAUGGCGGGCACUGGAAAGUCCACUAUCUCACGCACAAUUGCCCGCUCCCUAUCAGAGGCCGGGAGAUUGGGCGCGUCCUUUUUCUUCAAACGUGGCGAACUAAACCGAGAGAAAAUAUCCAAAUUCGUCCCUACCAUUGCCCGUCAACUUGCGACGAACCGGCCGGCGCUCGAGUCUUAUAUCUAUAACGCGGUCCUGCAUGAUCCAACUAUUGCGAGCAAAGCCGUCAGGGUUCAGUUCGAAAGACUUAUUCUGGAGCCCCUCUCUCAAAGUUCAACUGAGACUCAGGAUACAAAGCCCAUCACUAUUGUCGUCGACGCGCUAGAUGAAUGCGGGUCUGAUGAUGAUAUUCAUCUCAUCAUUAACCUGGUUUCUCGCACAAGGGACAUAAAGCAACCGCGAACUAGAAUAUUUGUAACGAGUCGCCCCGAUCUUCCGGUUCGUCUAGGCUUCAACGAUGUGCAAGGAACUUAUCAAGACCUAGUCCUCCACGAGAUACCCGCUCAAGUAAUAGAACACGACAUAUCGACAUUCUUGACCCACGAAACAAAUCUGAUUAAAAAAAGAUGGGAUUCUUCGAUUGCUGAGGGACGUAAGCUGCCUGACGACUGGCCUGGAAACGCCACCAUCCAGCUCCUCGCAAAAAGGGCAGCGCCCCUCUUCAUCUUCGCCGCAACUGUAUGCCGUUUCAUAACUGACCGGAGGCAUGGCAGCCCCGACGAGCAGCUCCAAAGGUUCCUGGAAUCUUCGGCUGAGGACACCUCGUCUCGGAUGGAGCUUACUUACGGGCCAGUCCUUGGUCAGCUGUUUGGUUCGCGUUGUUCCAAACGCAAGAAGGAGACGAUCAUUCACGAAGUCAAGCGAAUCGUCGGUACCAUCAUCAACCUCGCCAUCCCUCUAUCAUCAUCCGCACUGUCGAGACUCAUAAGAAUUGAACAGAAGACGAUUGAUGUCAGGCUGGAUUUUCUCCAUUCGGUUCUCAGCAUCCCUUCCUCUUCUUAUGAACCCAUUCGAAUGUUUCAUUCAUCCUUUCGUGACUAUCUGAUGGACCCAGACAUAGAAGGGAAUCCUUUUCAGAUUGGAAAACAGAACUUGUCAAGAGAUUUAGUUGGAGACUGCUUCCAAGCGAUGGAGAGCCUUAAAACCGAUGUCUGUCACCUGGGGAUGCCAGGUGUGCUCCGUUCGACACUACGGCCCGAGGUUAUCGACCAAUGUCUACCCCCGGAGGUUCAAUACGCAUGCGCCUACUGGAUAGAUCACCAAAAGGCUGCAGGAAUUGCCCCCGGAGAUGCCGCUGCCAUCCUCAGCUUUUUGGAGAAGCAUCUGCUUCACUGGUUUGAAGCCAUGAUCUUACUAGGCAAGGUCUAUUUGAUCACCGGCCUAAUCAGGAGUCUCAAAUCUGUGCUGGAAAGAAAGUCUGCUGUUGACGUAAAGUUGAUCGAUUUCCUUGACGAUGCAAUAAGAAUCGUUGACAAAGAUACCGAAAUGAUCAACCUAGCACCCUUGCAGAUAUAUCACUCGGCUUUAGUGUUUGCGCCUACGAAUAGCAUCGUCAGAAAGACCUUUAUCGCCGAAAUGCCAGCUUAUUUGAGAGGCGUGGCAGGCAGAAGAGCCGACUGGGAUCCACGCCUACGUUCGUUUGAGAACCCUAAGUCUAGAGAGUGGCACUACGGAGAUAGGCGCUCGACCGUGUUCUCACCCGACUCUGAAGUAUUGCAUUCUGUCUCCAGUGGAAAGUAUGUCAGAGCCUGGAGAUGCGAGACAGGCGAAUGCAUCGAGGAGCUCGAGAUAGAAAACAACUCUCGGAUGGCUCUUUCUCCCAAUGGAAAAUACCUAGCAGUGACUACCCCCGAGCACAAGAUAAGCCUAUCCUCGGACACAACAGCACAUCUUCUAGAGCCAACACUAGACACAGCUUUGGGUGAUUUAGCCUUCUCACGAGACUCCGCAUUACUAUGGGCAUGCUCAAUCGAGGGACAGGUGAGAGCCUGGGAUGUGGCAACGGGGGAUUGCGUGAGAGAUCUCAAAUGUCCAUGGGUCAGGGAAACUGACCCCGAAUCUCAUGAAGACUACGAGUGUCAGUUCGAAUUCUCACUGGAUCAUUUCACUGCUCUGCUUGUUUCAGACUAUGCUAAUGCGCAUGUCUGGUUUCUUGAACAUGGUGAUGGUGAGAAAUCCUUUGACAUCGCGCUAUCAAACGGUGCCUGGCAUAUGCCCAGUGGCUUCUCACCAGAUGGGAAAGUAUUAGCUGCACCUUCAGAACGAGAUGUAAUAAUGAAGAUCUGGGAUCUCCAGACACGCCAGUGUGUAUGGAAGCUGAAGCUGGAGGAGAAGAAUGGCUGUCGGAUAAUGGACUUUGUCUUUUCUCCAGACUCGCGCCUCCUGGCGAUAGCUUAUGGCAACAAUUCAAUAUUGGUCUGGGAUAUUCGGAGUGGUAAGUCCUCAGCAAGACUCAACAUCGGGCGGCACCUCUCCCUCCCUAGUCUUUCAUUCUCACCCGACAUGAACUUUCUCCUUCUCAAAAGUAAGGGAAAUGGUUGGUCACGCAGCAACAUUGAAGUGUGGGACUUGAUCGCAGAAGCCUGUGUGACAAUGAUGCGAUGCCAUGAGGACGAUGAUAUAGACCGUACUCUAUUUUCUCCGGAUGGGCAGACAUUUGCUUCUGUGCGAAAAGGAGGCGGUAAAAUACAGUUAUGGGACUGGCCAAGCCUCCUCAAAGAGCCUCCAGAGGACUCAAAGGAAACGACGUCAGUCAUUCUGUCGCAUGAUGCAUCGACAGUAGUAGCGUUAUACGAAAAGAACGAACUGAGAGCAUGGGAUGCCGCGACAGGCGAGAUGCUCUAUGAGAUACGCACUAAGCGCAAAGGCUCCAGGAUAUGGUCUUACAAGUUUUCCCCCGAUUCUGCGUUCAUAGUAACAGACAGAUGGGAUGAAGUGGCCGUAUGGAAUGCACGCGAUGGUCAUUGCGUGUGGCAGUUCAGUCAGCACUACGAAAGGACCAGGGCGAAAUUCUCACCAGACUCUCACCGUAUCGCAGUAUGUAUUAACUUCUACUUGGGGAAGGGUGGUCCUUACAUUGAGGUCUGGAAGCGGAAUAAUGGUACAUUUGAUCUCGAACAUACCUGGAGCGGGAUGCGGGCAUAUGACUUUUUGUUUUCUCCGAAUGGCAGCCUAUUGUUCACUAAGUACGGGAAAGGGAUAAGAAUUCUCAAUUGUGACACGGGCGAAGUGCUUCAAGAGAUACCAUUUAAUGGACAGGAGAUCACUGCGGUUUCGAUGGCAAUUGCCGAGGAUUCUUCCAUCCUUGCUCUUGGACUUCCAUCCGAGAUUCAGAUAUGGAACCUUGAGUCAAUGAUUUGUACCAAGCAGUGGCAAGCUGACCAGGAUUCCAACUUGAUUCUGUCUUCCAUGGGAACUCUUUUGGCCGGUCAGACCAACAAGGACGUCCGAAUCUGGAAUUGGACGAGUGGGGAGAUGCUUGCUGAGAUCCAACUUUCCGAAAACGACUGGAAGAUCGAUGCCUUCUUACCAGAUAACUCUGGAAUCCAAACCAAUUACGGAAUCAUUCCAACGAAUGUGGGAACUAUCCCAUGCCAACACUUCACACCAACGUUCAGACUCAGAAAUCAUUGUAUCCAGUGGAAGGAGAACGAUUUGAUCCAACUACCGCGCGAUCUUCGAGGUAUUCCGAAUGCCAUAUCAGCGACAGAUACGGAACUCACUGUUGCAUUUGCGUGUAGCUCGAAGCGGGUCACAAUUCUCAAGAUCUCGGAGGGUGAGGAGUUGAGACGGUUGCUUUCAAGUGGCGCUUCUUUGAGUACCUAA